AUGCACGAAAGAAAGGACGCAAUCAAGGACGACGACGUGCUGGUCGAAGCUUACAGUGACGCCGAUUACGCCGCAGAUAAAACUGACCGGAGGUCAGUCAGCGGCGGUGUGAUGAUGGCGGCCGGAAUGGUGGUGGGAUGGAUGUGCAAGAAGCAGGAGUGUGUCGUCUUAUCAACGAUGGAAGUCGAGUUUGUGGCGGCUUCACAAACCGCUGCUGAAAUGAUGGGUAUCAUUGAACUGCUAAGGAGAUUGACGUAUCGGUUCAGCCUGGUUUAA